AUGAAAGCACCCACUCAUAGGUGCCUAUUAUCAAGUUUAAUAGAGAGUAAUGAAAAGACUACUCGUUAAGCUAAAACACAUGAAUCUUUUGAGAGAUUAAAAUAUUCUUAACCAUAAACUGCAACUCCUAAAACUUAAAUGACUAACAGGAAAAGCAAAUAAAUGAGUUUAGUACAAGUUUAGCAACUAAUUUAAUAACCUCUUCUAAGAAAGAACCAUACAGCUUUGUCUGAAGUACCACAUACUUGGAAUACAAGUAGAAGUAUAGAAAAAACAGUGGACUUACUUGCAAUGCCUUAACAUAAACGUGUAAAAUGGCUUGAAAAAUAAAAAUCUUUGCUUGCUUAACAACAACCAGUAACUGAGCGUGUUUAAACAAGUAGAAUAAAACAAAUGGCAACAGCUACUAACUAUAAUAAUUUUCUAAAGAAAUUCAAUGGGGAAUAAUAAAUGAUGAUAUUAGAUAAAACUAAAACAACAACAAUACCAAUUUAGAAAUUACAAAAUGAAAUGUAAGAAAAUAAAGAAAGGUAGUUUAUUUUUAAGUAGCCAUUACGUAUAAUAAAAGGAAUGAGUGAACACAUGCUUAGAAUGAAGAGUAUAAGUAGAUAACAUGAAUCAAUACCUUCACCUCCAAGGAGAUUAUCAAAUCCUCGUUAUGAAUUGACUAAUGCGAAUAGAGUUCGCUUUUCUAAAUAUUAUUAAGAUGAUAGUUUAAAAGUGUUGAAAUCUUAGAAACGAGAUCCAAACUAAAUUUUUAAAGAGUUGCACAUAGAGGAUAUUUAAUAUACUGAUUUAGAUAGAGCAUAAAAUCAUCCUAUAAAUAUUGCAUUAUUCAAUAUGUUAAAAGAUGAGGAAAUUAUUCUAAGUAAUUUAUUUAUUAUAUUCAGAGUAAUAGUAACUUGAAGAAGCAGAAAAAUAUACUGCAUAAGAAUUAAUAAAAUAGAGAUAAGAAAUUGAAAGAUUUGAUGAAUUAACUCGUUAAGAGUAUCAUAGAAAAUGUUAUGUAGAUUUCAAAUCCAAAUCUAUUAAUUCAAAAUAUCAACAUAAAAACUUGAAUUUAGAUUAAUCCUUAUUAGAAGUAUUUCCAAAAAAUGAAAUUAUAAAUCCACAAUAAUAAAGAAAAAUGAGAAGACACAAAAUAUUAAAUAUGAUAAAGAUGUUCUUAUUUAGAUUACAUGAAUUACAUCUCAAUCUUGAUGAUCUCAUUAAUCAUAGAGUUUAUCCUCUAACAGCAUAUAGUCAUGAAAGAUCAAAAUUAUUCUUUGAUUUAGUCAAAUCUAAUAAGCUUGAAUUAGCCCAUAGAGAAUUAUAAGAAAAUCGUUAUUUAGUAUAUGAAUUUGAUUCAUCCAAAUUAACUCCUCUUCAUCAUGCAGUUAUCCGUAAUCAUGUUGAAAUGGUAGAAUUACUUAUGGAAUAUCAUUCUGAUGUAAAUCGUAGAGAUAUUGUACUUAUUAUUAUAUUAUCCAGCUUGGAAGAACUCCACUUUUCUUUGGUAUCCGUUCUGGUUAUAAUGAUUGUGUACAAUUAUUGCUGUAUAAUUAAGCAAUUCCUUGGUCUAACAAAAAGAAUUAAUAUGAUCUAUAUUUAGAUAUGUUGAGUGAUAAAGUUAGAGAUUAAUAUCGUAAAGCAAAAAAUGUAAUAUAUAUAUAUUUAAUAAUUAAAGUACCAUUUAUAAAUGCAAAUGAUGUCUUAUACAAAAAGAGCUGCUUUCUGGAUGGAACGAAGAUAUUAUUUUACUUAAUGA